AGCAGUGUUUGGUUUACAGAAUGUUUACUUUGGGAGAUACACAAAAAACCAGCGUCAAAGUUCAGAUUUAAACACAGCAGUUCCCUUUACUUGAGCUUUUCAACACAUCCUUCCCGUACAGUGGCUUAAAGGCUUUCACCUGUCAGAAUGAAGUUCCUAUUUCAAUUGCUUGCCCUUGCUCUCAUGAUAACCUCCACAUUUUGCGGAGUCAAGGAUGUCACUGAACAUUUUGAAAGCCUUAAAGGUGCACAGCCACAUGAAAAUGGGACUUAUAUGCCAAACCUACCACUCGAGUUCCAUAGAGAAAACACCAUCACUAAUGACUUGAUUCCUGAAGAGGAGGAGGAAGAGGACUAUCUAGACCUUGACAAGAUACUGGGUGAAGAUGAUUACAGUGAUAUUAUUGAUGCUGCCCCACAAAUGGUUUCUGAAGUUCAGCAAGGAAAUAUUCUUGAACUAUUCCAUGGCAAAACCAGAAUCCAGCGCCUCAAUAUCCUCAAUGCAAACUUUGGCUUUAACCUUUACCGCAGUGUGGCAGACAAGGCCAGCUCCUCAGACAAUAUUAUCAUGGCUCCUGUUGGUAUUUCCACUGCAAUGGCUAUGAUCUCCCUGGGUCUGAAGGAUCAAACCCAGCAGGAAGUGUUAUCUGUUCUUGGCUUUCAAGACUUCAUUAAUGCCAGCAGCAAAUACGAGCUCAUGACCGUUCACAACCUCUUCCGCAAACUCACCCAUCGGCUCUUCAGGCGCAACUUUGGCUACACACUGAGGUCUGUCAAUGACCUUUAUAUUCAUAAAGACUUUUCUAUUCUCAAUGACUUCAAAAACAAUAUGAAAACAUACUACUUUGCUGAUGCCCAACCAGCUGAUUUCUCAGAUCCCAGCUUCAUAGCCAAAACCAAUGAACGCAUCUUGAAGUUGACCAAGGGAUUAAUAAAGGAAGCUCUUGUGAAUAUAAACCCUACAACACUGAUGAUGAUUCUUAAUUGUCUUUACUUUAAAGGAACUUGGGAGAAUAAGUUUCCAGUGGAAAUGACCACAAAGCGAAGUUUCCGGCUGAACGAGAAGCAGACGGUGAAGGUGCCGAUGAUGCAGACCAAGGGCACCUUCCUGGCAGCUGCUGACCCUGAGCUGGACUGCAGCAUCAUCCAGCUCCCCUUCGUGGGCAACAUCAGCAUGCUCGUGGUGCUCCCACACAAACUGGCCAGCAUGAAAUCCCUCGAAAAGCAGCUCACACCUCAAGUGGUGGAAAAGUGGCAGAAAAGCAUGACAAACAGAACAAGAGAAGUGGUUCUGCCUAAAUUUAAGCUGGAGAAGACUUACAACUUGAUUGAUUAUCUGAGGUCCAUGGGAAUAGAAGAACUGUUCAAUGGAAAAGGCGACUACUCUGGUAUAUCAGAUGAGAAGAUCACCAUUGACAGGUUCAAUCACCAAGGCACAAUCACAGUGAAUGAGGAGGGCACAGAGGCUGCAGCAAUAACCACCGUGGGGUUCAUGCCUCUCUCCACUCAGAUCCGCUUUGUUGUCGACCGCCCCUUUUUGUUCCUGAUCUAUGAGCAUCGCACCAGCUGCCUUCUGUUCAUGGGCAGAGUUGCCAACCCAGCCACAUCUUAAAAGCAGAGAAGACCUUCCACCACUCUGUUACACAUGGGCUGUAUAAUUACAUGUUAAAAUACCAGUAUCAUAAAAGAAAAUUUAUUGUUGUAUUAGUCAAUACAAAAGUCACUGGUAUAAAAACAAAACAUAUUAUCUACAGGUAGUUUCUCCUGAAUGGACUCGCAGCAGAAGGUAAUUUGACUGCAAUUUAAAAUGGUUAGUGCCAUGUAUUGAUGUAAGUGUAUUACUAGCAAAAAAAAAAAAAAAAAAAAAAAAAAAAAAAAUCACAAAGUAACUUAUACUUUGUGUUUUGCAACAGUGUAUAAAAUGUAAUCAAUAAAGUAUUUAGACUAUCUGGAAUCUUGAAAUUUAGCUCCAAAUUUGUGCUAGGAUGUCUGUUUAUGAUAAAUAGGACUAAGGAAAUCCUGAAUUCCUGACCAGCCAUAGAUACCUAAAUUUCUCCUGGGCAUUUUACACAAUCUAACUCGGUGAAUAUACACAAUGUGUAUUAAACAUUCAGACUGGUGCACACAAUGAGCCUCAUGGACCAGUGUAUCAAGCAAGAGGCAACAGAAGUGUCUUGGAGGAAUGAAAUACUAAGAGAGCCACUACUUUUCCCUGAUCUAACUUGUAUUGCUUCAAUACUUCCUCUCAUUGGCUCAAGAGGUAUCAGAGUUAGGCCAGCCUGGUAAAUGACAUAAAUAUCCUCAGAAUACCCUUCAGAGGGAAAGCAGUCAGCAAAAUGCUCUUUUCACUGGCUCAGUAUCAGGUAAUCCUCUCUAGAAAAAAAAGCCAUUUAUAGCAAUCUCUCUAUUAAUAUUCCAGUGCACUCUCCAUACUUGAUUUAAUGGACAAAACCUUUCAAGUCACUGCAAACUUUCUGAAUUGUUCCAGUAACAACACAAAUUCUGUUCAAAUGUGUCACAUUUGAAAAUGAGAAAAUUUACCCACACUCUGUAGAAUAUCACUGGCUACCUGGUACAAGGAACAGAGCUGCACCAUACAUUCAAAUUAUUAAAGCCAAUGAACAUACUCACCUCUGCAUACCUUACUUUACAUCAUACCUUUUUAAAAAAAUGUGCCUCAUAAUCCAGUGAGAGUAAUUUUAUUGCUUUUUACAGUAAUCAGUAUCAAAUACCGUAUCAAUCUAUUUAUAUACAUCAUAAAUUUGUCUUACGUUAGCAAAACCACACAAAUAACCUUUAAACCAACCCAUUAAUUUAAGAAUUAAGAACUUUCUUAAAAUGGUGUUUUUCCGAUAAUAGGUUUAACUUGUUGAUUUCAUUUUGCUUUUAUAUACUGCUGUUUGUAAUUUUGCAUCUGCUCCAAUUAUAUGCUCCAUACUCAAACCUUUUCAACCUGUAAACCAGUGAAACACUGGUAUUACAUGAUGAUGAAUGAUGAAGAAAUGAUACUGAAUAGGAAACUCAGAUGUUCCCCUUUAUUCUUUCUUUUAAGUCCAUAAUGUGAUAGAUAGUUUUCAGUACUGGAAGUGCAUAACAGAAAUCAUUAACACAUUUUGUUGUUUUAUCUGUAUUCAAAAAGGAAAGCAUAUACAAGAAAGAAAAGCAUAUGCAAAAGCUUAAAUAUUCAAGCCCCAGGUUUAAUUAGUUUAUCAAUGAUUGAACGAGCUGGAGCAUCUGCAGUAUGGGAUUUUGGGGACUUAAGUAAAGAUAAUUAUUCAAGGCAAAGAGGUCAAACAGAAAAGCAAAUCAGCUACUGCUCGAAACUCACGAUCUUCAUACAUUGUGCAAGAAAGUCAAAUAUUUGCUUCAACAACCAUAAUGUAACCAUUAACUCUUGCUUCAGAUUCUGGCACUAUCUGACUGCAUUUAAAGGUCACAUUGGUUAAGAAAAAUGCAGUUAUCCCCAGCUAUUCAGAACAAAUGUAUCAUCAAUAAAAAUUUGAAACAGAAAAGUA